AUGGCUUAUUAUGACUUGAUGCCCGAAGCGGAAUUUAUUCAAAACACUGUCGGUGCGAUCCUGUACCUCGCAACCGGAGCGAUGGCCAUCGACACCUACAGAGAACUGCCCAAAUCUGAGCUUCGAAACGUCGGACUGGCUCUUGGGGCGCUCUCGUUGGUGAACUCUGCCGCUUACGCAGUUGAUGCGUUCUUCGCCUUCAAGAACAAGCGAGGACUAAUUUUGCCGAACAUGCAGUGCUCUGGCACAACGAAGGAGUCAGCUCGCUACAGCUCUGAUGUUCGCUGCGUUACUCCAGCAAGCCCGAAGCGAGGAACUGCUGAGUUCAGGCAAUUGUAUCUUGCUGCCGAAGACCGCUGA